AGUUAGAGGCCCGUCUUCGGCGUUCAGUAUCGCGGCGGCCUCGGCCGAGGAGCUCACAUUCCCGCCAUGGGAGGGACAAUACCGCACAGACCAGUCUGUAGGCUAUAGCCUGUAGUCCCGAAAACGCGCCCUCCGGGAUGGAUCUAAUGUACACACCCCUCCGACGUAUUUACCCGGGCCGCUAUGGCUCUUGAGACGAGGGGACGUUUACUCCUUUUAUUGUUCUGCCUCCUCAACGCGGGAAACGCGGACGAUGAGGCAGACAUCUUCGACAUCCUAUCAACCCUAAAAGAAGAGCAACUGCCCGAUGGCGUGGCCCGCAUACCAGGUCGGUGCCAGUCGCCGACCCUGCCCGAAGACCAGCUCUCGGCAUACCGGCUCGACGAGAACGCCACGCUGCACCAGGAUGCCGCUGGCAUGUUCUACAACACCUUUCCUGAAGACUUCUCUGUGUUAGCCGUAGUGCGAUUGUCAGCCAAAUCCCAACGUCCUCUCUUCGUGCUAUACUCGGACGCGGGGGACGAGCAGCUUCAACUAGUAGUGGGCGAGAUGGUCGAGCUCUACUAUGAGGACACCAACGGAGACCCUCAGGAUAAUGAGCUGCUGACAUACCGCGCCAAUGUUGCUGAUGGGAGAUGGCAUCGUCUAGCGCUCAGCAUCAAAGGCGACUCGGCGACCCUGUUGGUAGACUGCAACAUCAUGGAGACCCUGCGGCUCGACCGCAAGCCUGGCAGCAGCUUCAACUUGGCUGGGACCCUCGUCGUGGGCAAGCAAUUCACCGCGGACCAGUUCUAUGAGGGAGAUAUCGAAAUACUGCAGAUCUCAACCAAACCCGACACCGCAUACGAAAUGUGCACCACCAUUGCUCCUGACUGCGGAUCAGGUUACAUAAGUGGAUUUAGACAGGAAAAUACGUUCUACAAUAUCGUAGACAAAGAGCUGGAACCGAAAAUACACCUUGAACCUCAAACACAAGCUCCAAAUCUCAAUACCCUAAGCACUGGAGAGAGCGACAACAGUAGAUAUGAUCACAUUGGAAGAAGAAGGUUCUUUCCAGACAGAAAUCGGUCGGAAAACCACUGGGAUAGUGCUAGUAGAGAUUUGACCACAGAACGGCCCGAUUCGCCAGUACCUAACUACGUUCAGUACGUCGGUGUUACUGGUUCUUACCCAGCUAUGACUGAUUCUGACGAGAACAGCAUAUUUGGCAGCUUUUCAAAUGAGUACGAGGUUCUGCCUACAGUGCCUCCUAUUACUUUUGCAACAGCUGAAAUAUUGGACAACACUACACCAAGACUCAAGCGAGGAGACGACGACGAUUCGGAAGCGACAACGGUCGUGACGACCGAGUCGUACACGCCGAUGACGACCACCGAGGACGACGACUGGCUCACUCACCCGCCGGAAACGGGUAACGGUUCAAUCAGCUACGAUUCUUCCGAGACGUACUACGACUAUGGCAGCGCGGGGACCUACAUGGGGCCGCGCGGGUACCCUGGCCCGCCGGGCCCGCAAGGCCCCCGGGGCCCUAAGGGCGAACCGGGAAAACAUGGUGCAGAAGGACAGCAAGGCUUUCCGGGCGCACCUGGACACGUAUUCGUAGUUCCGCUGCACCAAUCUGGCAACGAAAAAGGUCCAGACGCUCAAGCAGAGGCGCUUCGUCAAAUGUUAUCCCAACACAUGGCUGCAAUGCGUGGUGCCGAAGGGCCAAUGGGACUGACUGGCCCUGUUGGACCGGAAGGUGAAAUUGGACCAGAAGGACCUAAAGGAGAACAAGGGGAACAGGGUGAACCAGGUCCACCAGGUCCUAGAGGUAUCGCAGGUCCGCCUGGUCGUUUAGGAAGACGAGGGCACGCUGGUAGAGACGGUGAACGGGGAUCCCCCGGGGCUACAGGGCCUAAGGGGGAACAAGGGUACCCAGGACUACCAGGCAUGCCUGGUGAUAAAGGCGAAAGAGGAACUCCAGGCCUUCAGGGCGAAUCAGGGUUACCAGGGCAAGAUGGGCCCCCUGGAGAUGACGGACCACCUGGACCACCAGGUAUCACUGGUGAACUAGGACCAAGAGGUUUUAUGGGACCAAGAGGCUACCCUGGAUUAAUUGGUUAUCCGGGAAUACCAGGCAUUGAAGGACAACAGGGUGCAAAGGGAGCUUCAGGACAACCUGGACCGCCUGGUCCGCAAGGCCAGCCAGGGACAAUGGGCCCAUCUGGUUCGCCAGGCCCUCAAGGACCUAUAGGAUCUCCAGGAAUACAGGGUCCGCAAGGAAAACCAGGCAUUUCAGGACUACCCGGCCCAGAAGGUUCUCCAGGAACACCAGGAAAUCCAGGCCAACAAGGAUCACCGGGAGAUAUAGGACCUCAGGGACCACAAGGAAUGGUUGGCUUUCCUGGCCCACGUGGAUUGAAAGGCGAUGAUGGGCCCCGUGGUUUGCCAGGGGACAAGGGGGAUAAAGGAAUAAGAGGUAUCGAAGGAGAAAAGGGAGAAAUAGGGCCAAAAGGUGAUCGAGGUUUACCAGGAGAACCUGGCCCACCCGGUGUUGAAGGUCCAGAAGGUCAAAAGGGAACAGAAGGACCAAGAGGAGAAACUGGACCGAUCGGUCUAUCAGGCGAAAAAGGUGCCACAGGGCCUCAAGGACCACAAGGGUAUCCAGGCAGUCAAGGUGAAAAGGGAGACAAAGGAGCUUCAGGGAGGCGUGGAAGAAGGGGCACCAAAGGAGUUAUGGGCUUAACUGGUACACCUGGAGAUCGAGGUGAAACGGGGCCAAGAGGAUACCGAGGACCACGAGGCCGUAGAGGGUCUGAUGGGCCACCAGGUCCUAAAGGAGACACAGGUCAGCCUGGCCCUCCAGGCUCUAUAGGAGAAAGAGGACCACAGGGUUUAGAAGGCGUUCGUGGAUUUCCCGGGGCAGUCGGUCCACCAGGGCCUGAUGGGAAACCAGGCAUGCCUGGACCACCUGGAGAGCGAGGACCAACGGGUGAACCUGGAGCAUCUGGAUUGACUGGGCCAUCAGGGCCCGUGGGACCACAAGGACCUAUUGGCGACGCAGGCCCGGCAGGCCCACCAGGAUCGCCUGGUAUCCCGGGAACUCCUGGUGAUGUUGGCGCUCCAGGGGAAAUGGGCAAAGAGGGACCACCUGGCCCACCCGGGCCGGAAGGAAAACCUGGCCCUGCUGGGUCUCCAGGCCCAUCAGGACACCUCGGAGAAGCUGGAUUACCUGGACCAAUAGGUGCACCCGGAACAAAAGGAGACAUGGGUUUGCCAGGUCCACCUGGCGUAAGAGGUGACAAAGGGGAACCUGGUGAGACUGGGAACGAAGGGCCUCAAGGACCGCAGGGACGUGAAGGACCACGAGGGUCACCAGGCCCCGGUGGCCAAAAAGGAGAAGUUGGUGAACCGGGACCAAUAGGACCAAUCGGCCGAGAUGGACUGCCGGGCCCAAGAGGACUAUCAGGCGCGCCUGGACCAGUAGGGACUCCUGGCGAAGACGGCGAUAAGGGAGAAGCUGGACCGCCUGGCGAAAAGGGCUUUAAAGGGGCUUCUGGUGAACCGGGUCCACCUGGUUCACCCGGCAUCCAAGGGCUCCGUGGUGAAUCUGGAUCAGUGGGCUUGCCGGGCGAUAAGGGCCCACCGGGUGAUCUUGGGCCUCCAGGGCCACAAGGGGCAGACGGCCCACGGGGCCUUCCCGGACAGCAAGGACAAACUGGACCACCUGGUGAAAAGGGACAGCAAGGAUUCAAAGGCGAUACUGGAGACACUGGACCAAUCGGACCUUCUGGACCAAUCGGUUUAACCGGUCCACCGGGAAGACGCGGGCCGAAAGGAGUGCCUGGUGAGCCUGGGCCACGGGGUGCAGAAGGCCAGCACGGAGAGGUUGGGAGCCCCGGCGCAGCUGGCCCACCUGGACCUCAAGGCCCUGAAGGGAAAUUAGGGCCAAGAGGUCCAGCAGGUCCGAAGGGAGAAGAUGGCCCACCAGGGAUACAAGGAGAAACAGGAGCCAAAGGACCACCAGGGCCAGAAGGCCCCAAAGGAGAUACAGGGCCAGCAGGCUUUCCUGGCGAGCGAGGCGAGCCUGGACUUCAGGGAAUCAAGGGUGAACCGGGUGCAGACGGCCCGGAAGGCAGCACCGGGCCUCCAGGACCAGCCGGCCCUAUAGGUCUGGCUGGUAAGCCAGGCGAGAUAGGAAUGCCAGGAACUCCGGGUUCUGAAGGCCCAGCUGGCUUACAAGGAAGCCCCGGCAUACCUGGCGAGAAGGGUGAUCUAGGACCAAAAGGGGCACAGGGAGAACCCGGCCCUGCAGGUCCUACUGGACCACCAGGAGAAGUUGGACAACGUGGCGUUCGAGGCCCCCCUGGACCCACGGGUGACGUUGGAGCUCCAGGGCAGGUCGGAAUCGAAGGACCACCAGGGAAAAUCGGUUUGCCAGGCGCUCAAGGGCCAAGAGGUGAAAAAGGCAACAGAGGACCUAAGGGUCACAUCGGCGAUACUGGGGCGAUGGGAUUAAAAGGGGACCAGGGUGAAAUGGGCAAGCAAGGGCUACCUGGACCCGCUGGGCCGCCAGGUGCUAAAGGAGACAUGGGCCCAAUUGGACCUCCAGGGCCGAAAGGUGAUACGGGACCAACCGGUACUCCCGGACCAGAGGGCCCGCUCGGGCCUAAAGGCAAUACAGGUCCUGAAGGAAGGCCAGGCCUGCCAGGCCCGCCUGGGACUCCCGGACCCCCGGGACCAGCGGCGCCGGCACCACAAAUACCAGCGGAGUUAUUCGCUUCGUAUAGACGAAGGAGGCGAAGCGUCAAUAUGGAGUCGGCUGAAACUACCACUGAUGAUAACCUUGAUGAUGACGAAGAAACAGAGUGGGCAAGCGAGGUUCUAGCGGAGAUCGUGACGGCACGAGCGGCGUUGGACGCUGCGCGCAGGCCGCGAGGGUCGAGGGCCAACCCCGCGCUCACGUGCCGCGACCUUCGCACUACCCACGUUAACCUCACUGACGGCUACUACUGGAUAGACGCGCGCGGCGGCGGCGCAUCCCGCCCUGUACGCGCCUAUUGCCGCGGCCACAGCACCUGCAUUCACCCUGAUGAAACUGAACUGGCGCUCUACACGGCUGAGGACAAACAUAAGUUCUCGCAGCUGCAGAACGGAUACAGGAUAACAUACGACGGUGAAGGCUACGGCGCCAUCCAGCUGCGAUUCUUGCGGCUGCUGUCCAACGGCGCGAGGCAGAACUUCACUUACACCUGCGUCAGUACUAAAACAAUACAACGAUCCGACAUCCCAGCUGACACAACCAGGAUCAGCAACAUCAAGCUAUUUGGAACUAAUUCUGCUGAGUUCAGGGAACCACAAGUGGUCAAAGAUGAUUGCAAGGAGGGCACCGGCGAAAUUGUGCUAGAAAUCAAGACCUCGCGAUUGGAAAGGCUUCCAAUAACUGACUUCCAGCCAUUAGGAUACGCAGACGCUGCCCACCAGUUCACUUUCCACGCCGGACCCAUCUGCUUUACUUGACGCGACCAACAUAAAUAAGGAUAGCUUUAACACUUAUGUACUUAAGACUGGACCCUUGUAAAUAUUGUAAAUAAAUGUUGUGACGACUUAAUAA